AUGGACUAUGAGUACCAACACCAGCCAUACCAGGCAACUGUCUCCUCCUUCGCAUCGGCACCCAAUUCUGCAUCCGAGUCAGCAUAUUCCAAGCGAAAGUCAGCCUAUCUCCCCUCCACAUCCCCACCUCCGGUGCCCUACUACCAACAGUCCCAUCAAUUGGAUCCAUACCAGCAACAGCAACAUCAGUCGAUGUACUUGCCUCAACAUCAAUACCACGGACAACAUAAUCAUCAAGAUCCCUACCAGGAACAGCACAACCAAUUUCAGUCGCUUCAACAGGAACAGCUACACCAAUAUGAAUAUCAGCAACAGCAGAGCCAUCGUGAUAGCCAAUAUCAGGAAGAUAUCAACAUGGAUCUGGACACAGCCACGGGCACUCCCCUGAAUCUUGCAUCCUCCUCCAAACUGAAGCCAUCAUCCCUCCGCACUCUCGGCAAGCGAGAGUUCAACUCAAUCUCCCCUCCACCUAUCAUGACCACACCCCUCUAUGGUUCUCAAAAGUUCGCAUCCUCCACACAAUCCCCCCCACCAUAUUACGCUGGUCUCCCUGGACAGGACACCACGGCAGAGAUGAACACCUUUAAUUUCAAUCAUACCGAUGUGAACCAACGGCAGUACCAGUUUCUGUCGUACCAACCGUCAGAUUCACAAGGACAUGAGCGACAGCAACAAAAGCAGCGGUACUUUCAGCAUUACAACACAGCACCCAACACCCGACACAAUUCAUUCAGUCACCAUCAGACGGCAUCCCAGUACUAUCAGGAUCUUCCCGUUGACUCUGUGCUGCCGCAAACAGGAACAGGAGUGUUUGUUACUGCAGGGGAAGGCGGAGGAGGAGAGAUCUACCCUCGGGGAAAGAUGGACGGGGCAGAGUAA